AUGCGCGUCGCCCUCGCCAGCGUCGCGCCCGCCGGCGUCCAUCGCCGGGUUCGACUUUCUCGGGGACGUGCUCGCGGUAUCCGCACCCGCGCAUCUCCAAACCCGCCGUUCGACGCGUACGAAGUCCUAGGCGUCAACGAUGAUGCGAAGGAGGAUGAGAUAAAGCUCGCGUGGAAGGGGCUCCAGCGUCGCUACCACCCGGACAGCGGGUCCGAGGCUGAUGCGAAGAAGUCCGCGGACAUCAACCGCGCGUACGAUAUCCUCACCGACAAGUCCGCGCGCGUCAGGCUCGACGAUGCGCUGAUGCGUUCGAACGAUGGGAAGAGAAGGCGCGCGGCGAGGACCGUCAUCUCCGCGUCAGGUCUGGUGGGCCCUCUUCGUGAGAGACUCCUGGCUUCCAUGGAGGUUUGCGGCUCCGUGGACGCGUGCGAGAUCGACGUGACGGACAGGAUGAUCGAGUCGAUCCGCGAGUGGGGCAGGAUGUUGGCGUUCACCAGCGAGCUGCCUCUUCCUCUUCCCCUCCAGGUCGACGACGUACCCAGCGGCGUCAAGCUCGCCAUCGUAAAGUUCAACGAUAAACUGAUUGAAGUUGGAGCGCUGUACAUAACGGUCGAGGAAGACGUCGACGCGGGGAAGGUUGACGUCGUGAUCACUAGGUCGUGGUCGGAAGCUCAGAAGGGCGUCGAUGCCGACACCCAGCUUCCCGGCGAGCAGCGAAUCCUCACGGACUUUUCGCAGGAGUUCAACUUCCUGGUCGGCGUCGAGAGCGGCAGGUUGGGAGCAAAGACUGCUGGCGGGUCGAAGAAUCCUUUCGCCGAGGGGCUCAGCAACGUGGUGUCGUCCAUCUCGUCGUUCGCCCUUCCCGUCAUGCCCCUGUUUGGCAGUGCGAGGAACGUCGUUCCGGGAGGAUCGUACGAUGCUUAUAAGAUCCGGUCAGGGUCAUUCGACUCCAAGGAUGAGGACGCCGACGACGUCGCCGACGUGUGA